AUGACAUUCAAGUGCCGCUUCUGUCCUCCGACUCCCAAGGGCACUGUUCGGGUCAAGAAAUCUUCUGGGAAGAGCAACGUUCGCUCCCACGUGACGUACAAUCACACUGCUACUUGGCAGAAGACUAUGUCUCAGUCAACCUACGGCGGCCUCGACGCGCACCUCAUCCCAUCAGCGUUCGGACAAUCUGCCUUCAGCUGGUUUGAAAAGAAGUGCACCCGUGAGUACGGCUCCUUCAAGGGACUAUCGCACAAUCAAGUCAAGCAAUUCAUGCAUCUGCUGCGCGCCUCAGUCGUCGAAGAUAUCAUGAAGGAACUGCCGGACAAGUUCGGAGUGGUCCUCGAUGGAUGGACACACAUGAGUGAACACUUCAUUGCACUGUUUGCUGUUUACGUGAAUGCGGGCGAUCGCAAAAAGGUCCUGCUCUCGAUGACGCCUCUAAUUAAAGACACAAGCCUCGCCAAUGUCCAAGGGGUUGAUGAACUCCAACCGAGCCCUGAGACCGAUGAAGUCGUCCAAGUUCAAGCGCUCUACCUCCUGCAUCACUUUUAUGUCGCGGACAAUUGCUCCGUCAACAAGAAGAUGGCGAUAGACAUGAAGGUACCUCUGCUCAGAUGUGCAUCCCAUCGGUUCAACUUGGCGGUCCAAGACCUCAUGAAGGGCGAGUUUGCUGACCUGCUGGCGAAAGUCCAAAAGGUUAUGUUGUCAUGCAAAGCACUCAACAAUGCGGCUGAGUUGAAGAAGCUGACAGCGUUGAAGCCGAAGCUCCUUCAAACCACACGUUGGUCGUCUGCGUUCGAGAUGUUAAGACGCUUCCAGAAGCUCCUGCCUUCGCUCGAACAGAUGCCCAAGCGCGCGAAACUGAAGAUGUCGUCCAAGGCAAUGCUGAAGCGGAUGGAACGCUCCCUCCCUCUCCUAACCAAGUGGCAGAGCGUGACGAAGUACUUGCAACGUCGCGACUGCUCCGCCGCGAAUAUCCGUGUCAUCUUUGAUGAAGUUCUCUCCGAAUGGCCUUCGAUGGAAAGUCGCCUUGCUUCGGAAGCGAGCAUAGUCCACUGGAAGGAAUUCGAACACGCCGCCGUAGCCUUGCAACAGCGGGUUGCCCUGACUGCUGCCGACAAAGUCGUGACGGCCGAGACGUUUGCAGAGGACACGGUGACGGAUGGAGACAUCGACGACGGCAUGGCGUCUGCAUACGACCCAAUCUUGAAGCAACUGCCGCCUACGUCAAACGGCGUUGAGCGCUUCUUCUCGGCUGCCAAGCAAGUCUUGGGCACGCAGCGGAAGGCGAUGAGUCCGGCGAAUCUCGAAGACACCUUGUUCCUCAACGUGAACGCCCGCUUCUGGGACAUCAACAAGGUCGCGGUCCUCAUUGCGGCGGACACAUCUGGUGGUAUUGGCGACGGAGCCCCAGAGCAAACCGAGGUUGGUGACGACGACGAUGACGACGUGCAAGGAGUCAUGGCCAGCGACGCAAGCGACAGCGACCAAGACAUGGGCGAAGGACUGAUUUCAGUGUUCGUGGAUGGCGACAGCAGCGACGGAGACGAAGAGGACGACGACUGCGAAUCAAGAGGCUAA